AUGAAGACAUGCUACUAUGAAUUAUUGGAUGUGGAAACUACUGCGUCGGACUCUGAUUUGAAAAAAGCAUAUCGUAGAAAGGCGCUUCAGUAUCAUCCUGAUAAGAAUCCCAAUAACGUUGACGAGGCCACUGCAAUAUUUGCCAACAUAAGAGCAGCUUACGAAGUACUCGCAGACCCCCAAGAACGGGCUUGGUACGACUCCCAUAAGAACCAAAUUUUGAGGGAUGACUUCGACAUUUUCGGCGAUGGCUAUGGAAGCGGCGACGAGUAUGAAGUAGAUACAGCUGUAACAGGUAUCACCACUGAGGAUCUUCUUCAAUUUUUCAAUACGAGCCUUUACUCAAGGAUUGACGACUCGCCGGCCGGAUUUUAUCAAGUGGCUGGAAAAGUGUUUGCCAAGCUUGCCGGGGAAGAGGUUCGAUUUGGCCGAAUGCAAGGUCUUCCAAAAUAUGACGGCUAUCAAGAUUCCUUUUUUGAAUCAGACGUGAACACCCUUAGCUACCGAAGUGCAUGUGAAAAGUAUUCAAGACCACUAGACGCGCCCACGAUGUUGUUUCCCGUUUUUGGCGACUCAAGCGCGGACUUUCAGCAUCUCCAAGCUUUUUACCGAGCUUGGUCGGGCUUUAGUACUGUAAAAACGUUUAGUUGGAAGGACGAAUAUAUGUAUUCCAGCAAUUACGAUAGACGCACAAAGAGGGAACUGAAAAAGCGUAACGAAAAGCUGCGGCAACAGGCGAAAAGCGAAUACAACAAAACGGUUAAACGCUUUGUUUCUUUCAUCAAAAAAUUUGACACCAGGAUGAAGGAGGGUGCAGCCAAGUUUGAGCAAGAAAAGCGAAGGAAAAUGCGAGAGGACUUACAACGACAAAUUGAAAAAGACAGAAAAGCUCAAUCAGAGGGAGCUGGUGACCCUUUUAAAUUGCAAAGCUGGCAAACGGUUGAUGAUUAUGAUUGGGGCGAGAUUGAAAAACAGUAUGAUGAAGGGCUUCGUUCCAACAAGAAAGACGAUACAGGUGCUUCUGGCGAAGGUUUGACGUUCGAGUGCUUUAUCUGUAAUAAAACAUUCAAGUCUGCUGCUCAGUUGGAGAACCACAACACCACAAAAGUACACAAGAAGAACUUGCGCCUGAUCCAAAGAGAAAUGCAGAAAGACAACCUGACCCUUGGCUUAGAUGCAAUUUCUGACGUGGAUGACUUUGAUUCUGCCAACGAAGGGGCUCUGGGAGAAGAUGAAAAACAGAUGGCUCUUCAGGAACUUGAGGCAGAGCUCAAAAGGAUUGAAGAAGAAUUAGAAGGAAUAAGUGAUGACUCGGACAUGGAAAGUGAUGCAAUAAGUUCCCCACCCGAACAGGACGAGAUAGGCAGCACUAUUGCAUCCGAAGAAUUACAACAAAAAGGUGAGGGAGGCAGCCUUAAUUCAGAGCUAAAUUCUGACGUCAGUGACGCAGGUUCGUCCACUGGUGACUUCAGGGUAGAUGACAAAGUAGACAACGAUUUUGAAGCGUCACCGCGUAUUAGGAGCUGCAAGAACAAACGGGAUGAGCUUAGCGACUUGUUAAAGGAACUAGACAGCUCUCUGGACUUCGACUAUGAAGGUCAGGUCAAGGAUAGCGACGACGGAAAAAGUUGGAGCGCAUCCAAGAAAUCUAAGAAAGGUAAAAAGAAUGAUUAUAAGGCGUCUUCAACUCUGCCCCAAGGGCCGGAAAUGAGUUUGGAUCAUAUGUGCCAGAUCUGUGGCGCACGGUUUGGUACCAGAAACUCUCUUUUCAGUCAUAUUGAACAGGAAGAACACGCGGCGCCGAUCAAAAAGGUAAAGUCAAAAAAGUCAGCCAGGAAGGCUCGAAAAAUUUAG